AAAGAUAGUCUAUACCAAGUUCAGAGGUGUCAAACCCAUUAACGUUUGUGUAGAAUAUUCUCAACAGACAAAUAUUUAAAUUCAUCCAUAACUGACUAAUAAAUUAUCUGGUAAUUUAGGUUAAAAUUAUGGUUAAAUUAUCAAUCAUUUGACAUGUACGAUAUGGUUGAUUUAGGGUUUGCUAAUAUUUUUCCUUAAAUUAAUUUAUGAGUAAAUGAAACAGUAAAUUAAGUGAAAAUCUUUCACUGGGCGAAUACAAAUACACUUUUUUUUAUUGCCUCAUUGCACAUUCCUUAUUCGCUUCUCAUAAAAAUGUGCGGCAAAGAAUUUCAUUUUAAUAGAUUGAAUUUUAAAACUGUACAUUCAAAAAAAGAACGAUUUGAUCUUUGAUGACAUGACCUUUAAACAACAUGCAUAAAUAACGAUAACAACACUGAAAGAUAAAUUUUGAACCAAAUGUAGUUCCACUACAUCGCGGCACUUUAUGCAGCAAAUGAUGUCAUAAUCAUUGGCAAUCGAUUCUUUGCUAUCAUACCGCUCCAAUCGUUCUCUUUUGACUUCUUUUGUCCACGGAAAAGAAUUCUGUUGGUCGAUCCAUUAAGAAGAGGUCAGAAUUAGAAAUGAAACCCCUGCGUACCCGUAACGGGGGUAAACAUUAUACUACCACAAAACGUUAGCAUCAUUGGUGAGAUUGAAUUUAAUCGGCCUUGCUUGAGAGUGAAAAAAAAACACACGCAAACAAACACCUCUAAAGCGGUCACUUGUGUGUGGUUCAAAACUGCCGCCAAGCGUACCAUUUUGCUUUAACAACGGCAGCGACCGAAGGUACCGACCGGUAGCAUUUCGCCCAUCUAACGAUCAGCACCGAUCGAUGCAAUCGACCCGGACCACCGGUACCAUAAAACGAUAAAAAAUACUUCCUUCCGUCCACCGCCACCGGUUGAAGGAUGCGUUGGAAAGCAGUUUUAGCACGUUUGCGUAUUCCCCUGCGUUGGAAUCUUCGCGAAUCCUUCCAGCACGCAAGCCCAGCUGUUUGAAAUAAAAAUCUGAAAACUCCACCACCAGUACCGCAUAUAGAGCCCCCCCAACCCCCACCUUCCUCUCUUCCCUCCUAUUGGCAUGGCAAUCCCAACAAAACCGUUUCACGGCCCUUCCGGCACGAGAAUCGUGGGUCUAUAGCACCAUAAAAACACAGCCUUUAUGGGACUCGUUAGAACUUUAGAUUGCCGAAAUUUAAAUUCCACCCCAAUCCAUAUCAAAUGAGGGGAAGUGGGAGGAUUUUGGGGUGGAAGGGAGUCGAUGGAAAUCGGCGACAUCGCACAACCGGUUCCAAACAAGCAAACCAAAACAAAUAAUUAACGAGAAAACGACCCGAUCGCUACAAAAGAAGGAAGACCGUACGGAAUUACAAGACAGUUUGAGACGGACGGUGGCUAAAACCAAAGGAAAUCAGUAAGGUCUGGUGCUUUACUAAAACAUUUAUUUCUUUUCAAUUCCGAUGCUGAUUCAGAUGGCGCUUUGUUUACACACGUAUUUUAAUGUCGUCGAUUGUCAACAAGAUUGACAUUAGACAACGACUACGAGUAGCCAUGCCACCGGUUUCGAAUCCGGGAGGUACGGGUAGAGAAAAAUUGAUCAAAUUAAUAUGCACCAGCGGGACGGAAUUUUGCCAACAUUCAUCAAUGUUACCUCUCCUUCGGUGAGGACCGUCCGAAUGUAGCGUAAUUAACACCAUCUAAUCUGCCCGCUGCUGCUGGCAAGAGGCACCAGACCGAAGAUAGUAUGAAGUUCCUUCUGGUAAACGUUUAGUGAAACCGGUCAUCGCCACCGGAGAAGAUGAAACGAUGAAGAUCUGAUCCGGAACUGUGGCGAUCUUAAUGACGUGUGGCGUUUUUCGAUUUGGGAGCCAGAAUUUAAAAGCUCGCGGUGCGACCAUUCAGAAGCUCAGUUCAGUUCAGCGGUUCGGUGUUGCAGGAGGUGUUCGUGAACUUUUUUGGCAAAGAGAUUUCGAGUUUGACUAUCAGUAGGCAAAGCGAAUUCUCGUGCUAAUUCAGAAACGUAAAAACAACUGUGCAUCGAAAUGAAGCGUGUUGCAGUGUUUGCUGUGGUUCUAAGUGCAUUUUUUAGAUGCAACCAUGCAAUACAGGUGAUAACGGAACCAUCCGGACAAGUGACCGUGGCAGAAGGACAACAAAAUGUGAACUUGUUGUGUCUUGUUGAAGAGCCCAUGGAUUUUUGCAUAGUAAAAGUUCCUGGAGCUCCAGCGCCGUUUGCUGCCAGUGACAAACUGCCCGCGCCGGUUGAGGGCAUUAAAUUUUACGGACUUGGCUGGAGCAAGGGAUCCUGUGGUAUCACGAUCGAUACAAUCAAACCUACUCACGAUGGACCGUUUGAAUGCACCGUGUCCGUAAAGGGUCAGACGUACAAGGGCCAGAUCGACAUAUCGGUCUCAGGUGAAGCAGUUGCACCCGAGCCACCGAAGAUCGAGCUAGCGAGCAACGUUGACAGUCGUAACGGUGAAUUUGAGUUCGGCAAGAAGGUCACCAUGAAGUGCGUCUCCCGUAACGGAUGGCCGGGCGCUAAGCUGUCAUGGUAUCUUGACGGUGUGAAGCUGACGGACGAUGUUGGUGCGGAGUUCUCCGAAACUGCUAACCGACGCACCACUGUUCAGCAAAUCUAUCGACGUGCGAUUGCUGUUGAAGAUAACCGGAAGCAGGUGACAUGCCGUGCCGAACAUUCUGCCUAUCCGGGUGGAUUUAUGGAAACUAGUUUGCCGAUCAAGUUGAAGAAAGUGUACACUAAUGAAAAACAAGAACCGCAAAAGGAAGCCCUUACAGAGCUGAUUAAGCCCAGAGCUCCACAGCUGAUCGUUUCCAGUGAAGUUGCGCAACGUAAUGGAGCAUUCAAGGCAGGAAGCAAUCUGGUAGUACAGUGCGUCUCGAAGGAUGGCAAUCCACCAGCAGGAUUCUUGUGGUUCCUCAAUGAUCAACUGAUUUACGAAGGUCUUUCAGCACCGUUUAUCAGUCGGAACAUCCGAGGCAACACGGUACAGCAAACGCUUACCUAUCGUCUCAAGCCGGCCGACGAUGGUAAGAUGCUGAUCUGCAAAGCGCGCCAUCCGGAGGGAAGUGAAGAGACGCGACUAAAAGUCAGUACCUACAACUAGAACACCCGCCGCAGCUCUCUUACUACGCAGCGUAAAUUGACGAAGAAUAGGAAUUCAUUUUGAGCACCACCUUGUUUUAUGAUUAACGAUCUUGUUUACAUAUGUCUCAAUAAAAUGUUAUUGAUUUAAAUUUAUUUGAUAAA